AUGCAGUCGCUUGAAGCUCGAAGCGAGUCUGGGACCUACCCGGAAGAGCUUGGAAAGGCUCUUGUCAGGAUUGGAAAGAAGAUCCUGAAGCUGCAGGAAAGAAAGGAUUGGGACAGGGCAAAGAAGGGCCUUUCAAGUCUUGAUGUUGCGUUGCGCCGUAAGCUGUCGCAUGAAAUUCUCCACCGGAAAAAGCGACAUUCAGUGACAGUGCUUUUGGAUUUAAAGGCCUUUUAUGAAAAUGUCCGACAUGAUAAUUUCGUCAAUCAGGCCAUUUCCCUCAAAGUUCCGCCGUUGAUCCUGAAUGCAGCAAUGUCGCUAUACUCUGCUCAGCGCUUGAUCAGUGCUGAACACUGUGUCUCUGGUCCGAUCAAGCCCACCAAGGGCUUAGUUGCGGGCUGCCCAUUUGCGCCUGGCCUCAGUAAGAUCCCUUUUGACGAGAUCCUGCGCCCGGCAUGGGUUUCUGGCCUUGCCAAAACCAUUGAUCUCUACAUUGACGACACUAGCUUUGACACUGAGGCUGGUAACCCCCACACAGCAGCGCGCCGGGCGGUGCAAUUGUACAAGGCUGUGGUAGGAGGUUUGACAGCUGCUGGCCUCCCAGUCAGCCUGGGCAAGACAGCUUUUGUAUGCUCGUCUCCAAAAGUUGAAGCUGCCCUUAAAGAGUAUCUUCCUGAAUCUGAUCAAAUCAAGAAUGCCGCGAAGGACCUGGGGAUUGAUUGUACGGCUGGGCGUAGAAGGUGGAGUACCCCUGGAAGCGCGCUGCAGGGCCGGUUGGGGCCCUCCUAUGUUACCUGCUUGACUUGGGUUGGACCCCGGUCAGUGCGGACACUUGGAAAUGCCCUGAACAACCGCACAGCGUCACCACCAAGGUGCGGCUGUGCUGCUACCAUGCAACAUGUCUUAUGGGAGUGUGACUGGUGGCAAACCAACCUCCCGGAACCGGCUUCCUUUCCUAGAUUUCGGCAAGAGUGGCCCAUUUCGUCACUGUGGGCCAGGGGCCUUCUGCCGAUUUCGCCUUACCCUGAUGAUGGGGAAUGGGUACGAACUACUGGUGCCUGGUGUGAUGGCCAGAUCAUUUGUGGCGAGGCGAUAUACUUUGCUACUGAUGGCUCCCCGGGGAAAUCCAAGGACCCCAGGUUCCAUCGGUAUACCUGGGCUGCGAUUGCCUUUAAGCUUGAAGGGGAUGAGCCCGUCACGAUCGCGACAGCUGUCGGCUCACUGCAAUCUCCGCUAUCGGUGUUCCGGGCGGAGGCAGCGGCUGUCAAGUUUGUAGCUGAGCAUAGUGAAGGGAACGCAGACCUCACCUUGGAUUGCAAGGGCAUCCUGCCCAGAGUGAAUGGUACACCUUCCAUCCAGUCUGCCGACCUCUUCGACCCCAUUCGACUGCAUGCACAGAGACUCAGCCUUAACUGGGUAUCCUCGCAUUUAACGGAAGAACAAUUCCGAGCAAAGUUUGGUGCUAACCAGCUUUGGAGGAGACGUGCUAACGAAAUUGUGGACCAGCUUGUUGGCACGGCUGCCGAAGCAUACUUCAAAGGCCGGCCAGGCAAGCGUGAAAGUGCCUGGCUCAAGCAGUCUGGGCACAACCAAGCGGAGAAGGGUGGAACCGCCCCUGCUGAGAGGGAUGAACCUCCUGGAAUUGUCCUUCGGGAGAAUCCCCAUGCACCUGGGGCUGGUCCGGUUUUGGGUGCCCCAGACCAGGGCAGCUGCUCUGAAGAAAGCGAGGAGGAGCCAAUGGUGCCUGAUCCCAUUGUGCAUCCCGAGCCUCCUCCAGCACCGCCAGCUGCGCCUAUGUUGCCUGCCCCGUUGAACUUUGACGAUAUGGAUCAAGAAGCGGGCGCAGCCUUUGCUAUUGCUGAGAGGGCUCGCAAUACCAAGCCAGGACUGGUGGCUUUCAAAUCCGAUCUGGGCUAUCCUGGUGUUUUCCAGGCCCUUCCCAAGGACCUGAUCCACGUGUGGUUCAAUGACACGGGGGACAGCACUGCGGCGUAUAUCCACAAUGGAAGAACCAGAUUCGGAUAUGACGCUGGUGGGGGCUACGUCUUGAAGGUUGGGACAAAGCAGGCCUUUGGAGAUGAGGUGGCGAUUUCGGCCUUGCUGCCUAAGGUGGCAGCCACCAUCAUUGGGGCUGGAUCUACGACACUGCAGGUGCUGCUCUCUGGGCGACCAUGGGAGUUUAGGUCCCAUUUGGUGGCGUGGUCGAUGGUGGAAAAAAUCGAGCUCCUCACGGAUUAUGGUUCUCGGAACCAGAUCCACCCUCAGUGGUCCUUGUAUGCCUUCGCCCUCCUUUUGCAAUUGAGCCGUCAUUUUGCUCUUCGUGAUGUGUCAAAAACCAACCUGGGAAUUAAGCCAGGACUCAGUGCUGCGACGCCCAUGUUGUGUUUUUUCGACCUCGCGGAUUGGCACUUCGAAGGGCUUAAUGCUGGAAGGUGGAUUCCCAAGUAUAGCUUGCGCAGCUUCGUCGAGACCCUUCGAUGUGUCUGUGACGUUACGCCACUGGAGCCGUAUCUCCGCAGGCAGGCGGUGGUCCCUUGCCUCAACGAGAUUAUUGCAGGUCUCCCCGCUGCGCUCAAGGCAAACUUGGAAAUCCAAAUGGUCCUCAUGGCAAUUUCCCUCAAAGUUCCGCCGUUGAUCCUGAAUGCAGCAAUGUCGCUAUACUCUGCUCAGCGCUUGAUCAGUGCUGAACACUGUGUCUCUGGUCCGAUCAAGCCCACCAAGGGCUUAGUUGCGGGCUGCCCAUUUGCGCCUGGUCUCAGUAAGAUCCCUUUUGACGAGAUCCUGCGCCCGGCGUGGGUUUCUGGCCUUGCCAAAACCAUUGAUCUCUACAUUGACGACACUAGCUUUGACACUGAGGCUGGUAACCCCCACACAGCAGCGCGCCGGGCGGUGCAAUUGUAUAAGGCUGUGGUAGGAGGUUUGACAACUGCUGGCCUCCCAGUCAGCCUGGGCAAGACAGCUUUUGUAUGCUCGUCUCCAAAAGUUGAAGCUGCCCUUAAAGAGUAUCUUCCUGAAUCUGAUCAAAUCAAGAAUGCCGCGAAGGACCUGGGGAUUGAUUGUACGGCUGGGCGUAGAAGGCGCAUUCCGUUCCACCGUAAAAGGUUUGGGAAGGGCGUUAAGCGCAAGGCUAGGCUCUCGACCCUGCGUGUGAAAUCGAUGGCAGCUAGGGUCAGAGCCCUGAGGGCGGGGGUCCAAACUGUGGGCCUUUAUGGCCAUGAGGCAGUUGGGCUUGCGCCAAAGCGUAUGCAUUGGUUGCGUGCUUCCUUCGCACAUGAGUUGGGGCGAAUGUCUUUGGGCUCGGUUGACCUCACCAUUGACCAUGCGUGCCCUAAGCGGCCGGACCCGGCCUUUACUAUCAUUUCCCAGCACUUCAAGGCCAUUCACAGGCUUCUGGGCUUCAUUCCCGAUAGCCAAAGGCAGCACUUUGAUGAUGUCUUGCCGGGUAUGUGGCUUGAAUACUCACAGGUGGAGUACCCCUGGAAGCGCGCUGCAGGGCCGGUUGGGGCCCUCCUAUGUUACCUGCUUGACUUGGGUUGGACCCCGGUCAGUGCGGACACUUGGAAAUGCCCUGAACAAUCGCACAGCGUCACCACCAAAGUAGGCAUGCACCACCUCCUUUGCUCCCUUUCUAAGGAAACUGAUAGGUGGAGGCUCGCACGUAUAGCCCAGCACGACAUGCUUGAACCUCUGAGUGUGGGAAUUGAUUGGGUUCCCCUCAGAAAGCUUCGGAAUAAGAUGACAGGCCAGGAGAGGUCAGGACUCAUGGCUGUUUGGCAAGGAGCAAUUCGUGCUGAUCCUUGUGCCACUUGCCUGAGGUGCGGCUGUGCUGCUACCAUGCAACAUGUCUUAUGGGAGUGUGACUGGUGGCGAACCAACCUCCCGGAACCGGCUUCCUUUCCUAGAUUUCGGCAAGAGUGGCCCAUUUCGUCACUGUGGGCCAGAGGCCUUCUGCCGACUUCGCCUUACCCUGAUGAUGGGGAAUGGGUACGAACUACUGGUGCCUGGUGUGAUGGCCAGGUCAUUUGUGGCGAGGCGAUAUACUUUGCUACUGAUGGCUCCCCGGGGAAAUCCAAGGACCCCAGGUUCCAUCGGUAUACCUGGGCUGCGAUUGCCUUUAAGCUUGAAGGGGAUGAGCCCGUCACGAUCGCGACAGCUGUCGGCUCACUGCAAUCUCCGCUAUCGGUGUUCCGGGCGGAGGCAGCGGCUGUCAAGUUUGUAGCUGAGCAUAGUGAAGGGAACGCAGACCUCACCUUGGAUUGCAAGGGCAUCCUGCCCAGAGUGAAUGGUACACCUUCCAUCCAGUCUGCCGACCUCUUCGACCCCAUUCGACUGCAUGCACAGCGACGUGCUAACGAAAUUGUGGACCAGCUUGUUGGCACGGCUGCCGAAGUUAACUCCUUGUUGGCCAAGAGAGCUGCAGCUCUCCUUUCGUAUGACAAGGACCAAGGCGGAGAAGGGUGGAACCGCAGGAUGAGCAAGCCCCUGAGCCCGGGCCACAACACGUGCAACCCCCUGAGCCCUUGGUGGAUAUAUAACCAGGCUCAGGGGAGGAGGAAUCCUGGAGUCGUGCUUCGGGAAAAUCCUCAGCUCGAGCAGCACAAUCCUGUGCACCGCCCCCCAGCCGUGGUGGCAAACCAGGCUGAGAGGGAUGAAGCUCCUGGAAUUGUCCUUCGGGAGAAUCCCCAUGCACCUGGGGCUGGUCCGGUUUUGGGUGCCCCAGACCAGGACAGCUGCUCUCAAAAAAGCGAGGAGGAGCCAAUGGUGCCUGAUCCCAUUGUGCAUCCCGAGCCUCCUCCAGCACCGCCAGCUGCGCCUAUGCUGCCUGCCCCGUUGAACUUUGACGAUAUGGAUCAAGAAGCGGGCGCAGCCUUUGCUAUUGCUGAGAGGGCUCGCAAUACCAAGCCAGGACUGGUGGCUUUCAAAUCCGAUCUGGGCUAUCCUGGUGUCUUCCAGGCCCUCCCCAAGGACCUGAUCCACGUGUGGUUCAAUGACACGGGGGACAGCACUGCGGCGUAUAUCCACAAUGGAAGAACCAGAUUCGGAUAUGACGCUGGUGGUGGCUACGUCUUGAAGGUUGGGACGAAGCAGGCCUUUGGAGAUGAGGUGGCGAUUUCGGCCUUGCUUCCUAAGGUGGCAGCCACCAUCAUUGGGGCUGGAUCUACGACACUGCAGGUGCUGCUCUCUGGGCGACCAUGGGAGUUCAGGUCCCAUUUGGUGGCUUGGUCGAUGGUGGAAAAAAUCGAGCUCCUCACGGAUUUUGGUUCUCGGAACCAGAUCCACCCUCAGUGGUCCUUGUAUGCCUUCGCCCUCCUUUUGCAAUUGAGCCGUCAUUUUGCUCUUCGUGAUGUGUCAAAAACCAACCUGGGAAUUAAGCCAGGACUCAGUGCUGCGACGCCCAUGUUGUGUUUUUUCGAUCUCGCGGAUUGGCACUUCGAAGGGCUUAAUGCUGGAAGGUGGAUUCCCAAGUAUAGCUUGCGCAGCUUCGUCGAGACCCUUCGAUGUGUCUGUGACGUUACGCCAUUGGAGCCGUAUCUCCGCAGGCAGGCGGUGGUCCCUUGCCUCAACGAGAUCAUUGCAGUUCUCCCCGCUGCGCUCAAGGCAAACUUGGAAAUCCAAAUGGUCCUCAUGGACGGCCGACUUUCUGAUUGGGCUCACCUUGCUGCAUUGGCUAACCAAUAA